GGAAUUCUGAAUUUCUUCCCGUAAAGAUCUGUGUGCGCUUCUCAUUCUGUUCUUUGUUCAGUGGAUGAAGUUCAUGAUCGGGAAGUGUUCGAUGAUAUGUCUCAGAAGCCAAAACGCAAAUGGUUAAUGGCAAAUCUUAUGCUAUGCGCUCUUCGUGUAUAAAUCCUGAGUUCAUCAAUCUCUCCGACCUCCUCCAAGGCCGGAUUAAUAGUUCCCGCCUCCGUCAAAUUCACGGCCGCGUCUUUCGUCUGCUGAAGCAUCAGGACAAUCUAAUCGCAACUCGACUAAUCGGCCACUACCCACAUUCUGUUGGAAUCAGAGUCUUCAAUCAACUCCUACGGCCGAACAUAUUUCCUUGCAACGCGAUUAUCAGAGUACUUGCUGAAUCGAAUUGUUCGUUUCUUGCCUUUUCCAUCUUCAAAUCUUUGAAGCGGCUUUCACUUUCCCCUAAUGAUUUCACUUUUUCUUUCCUUCUCAAGGCGUUUCACCGUUCCAGCCAUUCUCCUAAUGUGAAACAAGUUCAUACCCAGGUCAUGAAAAUGGGUUAUUUGGGUGAUUCUUUUAUCUCCAAUGCUCUUCUUGGAGUCUACGCGAGAGGUUUACAGGAUAUGUGUUCUGCACAUAACAUGUUCGACGAAAUGUCUGAGAGAGAAAUGGCUUGUUGUUGGACUUCUUUGAUUGCUGGCUAUGCUCAUAUGGGUCUUGUUGAAAAGGCUCUGCUGCUUUUUGUGAUGAUGAUCAAAGAGAAUAUCCAGCCCGUGGAUGACACCAUGGUUAGUGUUCUAUCUGCUUGUUCUAAGCUUCAAAUUGCUGAAAUUGAAAAAUGGGUUGCAGAAUUAACACAAUUGAUUAAUGAAUUUGCUUCCUGUGGUGAUUCAAUCAAUAUUGUUCUUGUUUAUCUAUAUGGGAAGUGGGGGAAGAUUGAGAAGAGUGAAGAAAAGUUCAGUGAAAUUGUUGAUAAGAGAAGUGCUAUUGUUUGGAAUUCAAUGAUAAAUGCAUAUUUUCAAAACGGUUGCCCUGUGGAGGCCUUGACCCUUUUCCGUCUAAUGCUUGAGAAUCCCCAUUGCAAACCCAACCAUGUCACAAUGGUUACCGUCCUUUCGGCUUGCGCUCAAAUUGGAGAUUUGCAGCUCGGUCGUCGGGUUCAUGAAGCUCUCGAACACGGCGGGCGCAGAGGUAUCAUUGCAUCAAACAAAAUGUUGGCCACUGCAUUGAUUGAUAUGUAUUGUAAAAGUGGGAGUUUGGAGAAGGCAAAACAAGUUUUUCAUGAACUAAUCUGCAAAGAUGUAAUCUCCUUCAAUGCCAUGAUCAUGGGCCUUGCAGUAAACGGCAAAGCCGAUGAGGCAUUGAAGCUUUUCUCCCAAAUGCAAGAGUCUGAUAUAAAACCAACCACUGGAACAUUCAUUGGCUUACUAUCUGCUUGUAGCCAUUCGGGGUUUCUCGAACAAGGACAUCAAAUCUUCAUUCAAAUGGCUACCCGCUACUCGACGUCACCUAGUCUAGAACACUAUGCUUGUUACAUUGAUCUCCUUGCUCGAGCGGGCUGUGUUGAGGACGCUCUUAAAGUUGUUUCAACCAUGCCUUUUGAACCUAAUAACUUUGUUUGGAGUUCUCUGCUGAGAGGCUGCCUGCUUCAUUCGAGAUUCGAGUUGGCACGAUAUGUUUCGAAAAAGCUUGUUGAAGUAGAUCCUGAAAGCUCUGCUGGGUAUGUAAUGCAGGCGAAUUCAUUUGCCACUGAUCUUCAAUGGGAUGAUGUCUCGGCUUUGAGAUGGUUUAUGAGAGAAAAGGGUGUUCAUAAGCAGCCAGGGCGGAGUUGGAUCAGUAUAAAUGGGAUUGUGCAUGAAUUCUUCUCGGCAACCAAAUCACAUCCUUGUGUUGAUCUGUUAUACAGUACGUUGAGUGAGCUUGAAAGGCAAAUGAAGCUGGUAAUCCCAUAGAAAAGAAGCCUCACAAGGUAUUGAAUGCGUUUAUCUAGCAAUCAUUUUACCUUUGUGAAAUUUUGGGCGAAGAUUCCAGGCAAGAAAUCUGUAGGGAUUGCUCUACAGAAUUUUUUUUCCCUUACGGGAAUUUGGAGGGCUCAAGGGUGCAUACGGGAGCGAGGAAUAUAAUCGUCGUUUUUGUCCCCGUUUGAUUAAGAGGGAUAAAGUACCUUCUCACUCAUUCCCUCGUUCUCCAUUUAAAUGGGGAUUCACCCCCUUAUAAUUAUUGAUAAACACUAGACAACUAUAUAUUCCUUGUUUUUGUCCCCGUUUGCCUAAGAGGGAUAAAAUACUUGCUCACUCCUUCCCUCCAUUUAAAUGGGAUUCACGAUUGGAUUCCUUCCCUCCAUUUAAAUGGGAUUCACGAUUGGAUUCCUUCCCUCUAUUUAAAUGAGAUUCA